CCCUUCGCCCUGGACCAGUAUAUAAGCACGGAGUGGGCUCUUUACCCCUAACACUACGUGCUCUCCAUUCACAUCAUCACCAUGGCUUUUAUCAAGGCGCUCGGAGCAGCCUGUUUGCUGGCUCUGGCUUCGGCUUCCUGGGACCCGGAACUUGAGUACCACGCGAAGUGCGCUUACGGACACGGCUACCAAGGAGGCUACUCGGCCGGAGGCUACUCUGCCGGAGGAAACUCCGUCUACUCUUCUGGAGGAUAUUCCACCGGUUAUAACGGAGGUUACAACGGCGGACACAACGCUGGAUACAACGCCGGAUACAACGGAGGAUACGUGUCCCACGCCCCAGCUGUCGCUUCUUACUCCCUCGGAGGAGUCUCUAAGGGCUAUUACUCCGGUGGCGCCGUAGGGGGUGGGUACUCUCUCCAGGCCGCUCCUGCUGUCAAGUAUGCAGUACCCGCUGUGCAGACAUACUCCACCGGAUUUAACACGCACUACAAGUCAGCCCCCGCCUUCGCCUACUCAGCAGGACCUGCGGUCAAGGUGGCCGCUGCUGUACCGGCUGUCGCUUCCUACGUCGCUCCAGCUGUUAAGGUUGCUGCUGCUGUCCCGACUUUGAAAGUCUCUUCCGCUCCUUCCUACUCUUCCUACUCACAAGGAGGAUACUCAGGAUAUUCCGGAGGAUACUCCAACGGUGCUUCUUUCUCAUCUUCUUACGUCGCUCCCGCUGUCGCUAAAGUAGCCGUCUCAGCUCCUGCUGUGGCUUACCACGCACCGGCCGUCACCACCUACCACGCCGCCCCCGCCGUCGCCACUUACCACGCCGCCCCUGCCGUCUCCACCUAUCACGCCGCCCCCGCCGUCGCAGCUUACAACGUUGCUCCGGUCGUCAAAUACGCAGCUCCCGCUGUCGCUUCUUACCACCAGGCUUCGUCUGUAAAAUACGCCGCCCCGGCCGUCGCCUCUUACGCCGCCGCUCCCGUCGUUAAAUACGCAGCACCCGCCGUUGCUUCCUACGCCGCUGCUCCCGUCGUUAAGUACGCAGCUCCUGCCGUCGCCUCUUACUCCGUUAGCCCAGUUGUCAAAUACGCCGCACCCGCCGCUGAAGUCCGUUACGCCGCUGCUGCCCCACUUGCUCCCGUCGUUGCCUCUUACGGUGGUCACGCUCACGUCGCCAAAGUAGCCGUCGGCAAAUCCGUUCACAAAGAAUACCUCGAAAACUACGACCACCACCCCAGGUACGCCUUCGAAUACGGAGUCGACGACCCUCACACCGGAGACAAGAAACACCAAUGGGAAGAACGUGACGGAGAUGUCGUCAAAGGACAGUACUCCCUCGUCGAACCCGAUGGUUCCGUGAGGACCGUCAACUACGUCGCCGACUGGGAGACCGGAUUCCAUGCGACCGUCAGCAAAGAAGACCACUCCGCUGCCGCCAAAGUAGCCAAGCCCGUUUUUGGACAUUAAGUCCUUCCUUGUGUCAAAUCCUCUUUUAGUCAAACAGCGAUCCCCACUUCCUUUCCCUGUUCAUUCUAACCGCAGUUCAACUUCCUCAAGAUUUCAUGCAGCAUUCAAAUCUCAAUUAACUAACAUUUUCUUUGAAUUUUCACUAUAUAUUUAACGCUGUUGGCUGAACUGUAUACAACGACGAAAAGUUAAGGAUUUAUGCUUAAACCAGCCAUUGUAUAUAACUUUUUUUACCUCGCAUUUAAAAAAAUUAUAUUGUUUAUUUACCCUAUGUUACUCGAACGUGCCAUACUUGCACUUUUUAGAGCCUCAAUUUCCUUAAAUUCCCCCAACGAGGCAAACACAACCUUGCUUGUAAAUAUCGGGUCCUUCUCGUAGAAGACAUGUUCUUUUAAAUGUCUUUUUAAAUUAUUAAAUUAUUAUCCAAAUGUCUUCUAAAGUUGUACCAUUUAUUUCUUGAUAUUACCAUUUCUAUGUUACCAACCCUUAUUUUUAUUUUUACCAUUUAAUAUUGAAUCAAUGAAAAAAUUAAUUGUAAAUAUUGACAGAAAUUAUGUCCACGUGUGGUGAUAAUAAUAAUUGCCAGCAUUACCAAUUAGGGAAGAAAACAA